GCAUUUUUAACCUUACAAAAUUUGGCUCGACCCUCUAUAAACAAACCACCUUCUUGUUAUUUUGCUAGUAUUACAAAAUUUUGAGCAUCAAUCAUCAGAAGAGUUUCUCAGGUCCAGUAUUGGAUGCUUCAAGUACACAGGAUCGACAAGAAGCGUUGUUAUUGUUACAACUUUAAGCAGUGAAAAGCUAGUGAUAUUAGCUAAAAUUUGAGGCACAUAUAUCUGGCAUUUGAAGGGAAGUGUUGAAGUGAUGGGUAGCAAGAUAAAAAUCAAAUGGCCAAGAGAAGUCACAGCGGCUUUUGUUGAACAGCUGAUUCGAGCAGAAAAAGAUGUGCAAAAAGCGGUUCUUAUAUUUGACGCAGCAACAGCAGAGUACUCUAAUGGCUUCCGGCAUGAUCGUAGCACAUUUGGUCUCAUCAUCUCGAGAUUGCUUUCUGCAAAUCAUUUUAAAUUAGCAGAAGAUAUGCUUGUAAGAAUGAAGGAUGAGAGCUGUAAGAUUACUGAGGAUAUAUUCCUCUCAAUCUAUAGAGCCUAUGGGCGGGUUCACAAGCCACUUGAGGUGAUCAGGGUUUUUCAAACGAUGAAGGAGUAUGACUGUGAGCCAACCCAGAAAUCGUAUAUUACAGUGUUCUCUGUACUUGUUGAUGAAAACCGGUUAAAAACUGCUUUUAGGUUUUAUCGUUACAUGAGGGAGGCGGGCAUUACACCAUGUGUUGCUUCGCUUAAUAUUUUGAUUAAAGCUCUCUGCAAGAACAGUGGAACAAUGGAUUCUGCUUUUCGUAUUUUUCAUGAGAUGCCUAAGCGCGGAUUUACACCAGAUUCCUAUACGUAUGGUACUCUCAUUAAUGGGCUUUGCAGAUUGGGUAAGGCCACUGAAGCAAAAGAACUUCUGAUGGAGAUGGAAGCAAAUGGUUGUUCGCCUACUGUAGUCACCUAUACUUGUUUGAUUCGUGGCUUUUGCCAGUCAAAUAACUUGGAUGAAGCCAUGAGAUUGCUUGAGGACAUGAGGAGCAAAGGUAUUGAGCCCAAUGUGUUCACUUAUAGUUCUUUAAUGGACGGUCUUUGUAAGGGUGGACGUUCCUCUGAAGCAAUGGAGCUAUUGGAGAUAAUGAUUCAUGAACGGAAGGUUCCAAAUAUGAUAACUUACAGUACCUUAAUUCACGGACUUUGUGGAGAAAGUAAAAUUGGAGAAGCCUUAGAGGUUUUCGACAGAAUGAAACUUCAGGGCUGUAAGCCUGAUGCAGGGUUAUACUGGAAAGUCAUCAAUGGCUUUUGUGAGAAUUACAAAUUUCAAGAAGCAGCCAACUAUCUUGACGAAAUGAUUCUUAGUGGAAUAUCUCCAAACCGAUUAACUUGGAGCUUGCAUGUGAAGAUCCAUAAUGCAGUAGUCCGAGGCCUGUGUGCUGUGAGUGAUCCAAAGCGAGCUUUUCAAUUGUAUCUAAGCAUGCGCACCAGAGCCAUCUCAGUUGAGCCCAAGUCUUUUGAGACUUUAGUAAACCAUUUCUGCAAGAAAGGAGACGUGCACAAGGUUGCUCAUAUUGUCGAGGAAAUGUUGACUGAUGGAUGCAUUCCAGAUGAACAAACAUGGGCUGUUGUGGUAGGUGGAUUUUGGGAUAGAAGGAAGGUAAGGGAAGCAGCUGAUUCGGUACAGGUUGACCUGAUGUGUAAACAUAUGGAUAGUGGAACUUGAUGUCUUGUUCAACUUACUGAUUACAACCGGAUCUUGGAACCUGAUGUCUUGUUCAAGUUACUGAUUAUGACCAAAGUGCCAUUGUUAAUCCAUAUGAAUGCAGAACCAACUAAGCCUGGUUUUAUGCAUUGCUUCACCCUCUAAAAUCAUUUUUGGUAAAUCAUAACAUUGUGGGUGUCUGUUGUAUUUACUCUUUUUAUCAUGGAUAUUUGGUGCAAAGCUAAGAUUAUUCCAUGGCAACCUGGAACUCGAGGGUUCAAGUUGCAGUUCAGUCUUCGCAGUGCACAGUGGUAAGUGUUCAGAAACUCUAUUCCUUAAUGCCCCAUAUGGAGUUCUUGAACUUAAUGUUUUCAAUGAAGUGCUUAUUAUAUACAGUAACAUUUACGCGAUUGAGCGCAAUCUUUAAUUCUAGUAUCUUUCCUCCAGAAUUUUGAAUUAUGACUCUUUUUCCAUGUUAAGAACGCACUUGUUGAUCUCUGGCUUCCUGGACUACAGAUUAUCUUCAAAUUCCGUGAAGGCAAAAACUAAGCAUUCUUAUUUCUACAUUCACUGCUAAAUCAUUUAGAGCCUGUUUGGAUUGGCUUAUAAGUUGCUUAUAAGCUGUUUUCAGCUUUUUGUGUUUGGCUGGCCAGCUUAAAGUCAUUUUGUGCAUAAAAUAAGCCUAGAAAAAUAAUUGAGCCCGUUUGACUUAGCUUAUCUAAAACAGCUUAUAAGUUGAAAACAGCUUAUAAGCCAAAAAAAAAAAGGUUAGCCUACCCCAACUUAUUUUUUUUUGGGCUUAUAAGCUGGAGCUUAUAAGCUGCUUAUUUUAAGCCCAUCCAAACAGGCUCUUACAGCUUCAUUUGGGAAGUCAGGUCAAAGGCCAUCAAAAUGGUUACGUUGUUACAUGAGUGGAAAGACAAAUAAGAACAACGAAUGUCACUCUUAAUGUAAGAGGAGGAGAGUAUACACAUAAGUCUCUGAGAACAAACAUAUUAGUUAGCAGUGAGGGGGAAGCCAAUGCCAUGACGUUGCGUAGGAAACACCACAAACAACAUACUGCAGAUGACCCCAAUACCAACUGGCAGAGCUGUAAGCAGUUCCUGAGUUUCAUAUGAAGGUGUUGGGUAGAAACAAUUCACCACAUUCUGAUCAAACAACGCAACAGCUGCAAAAACCAAUAUCGACAUGAUGGCAUGCAUGAAAUCUAUAAAUUUCAGCCUGUACUUUGCUGCGAUUUCGGAUGGAAGAGUAGCUGAUCCAUCAAUUAUCCACAAGCCCCGCAACGUGGCAAACCCAUAGCAAACAUUUCCUUUUUGAUCCUUGAAACUAUCGGUAAAGCUCAGCAGGAAACAUGACAGUCCACAAAGUGCUACAAGAGCAGCAGUCAUGGAUCGGCCAACCACAUCACAGUUCCCUUGGUUUGUGAAUAUGGGGGAUAAAAAUUGAAAAGCAAGAACCGACCCAGUAGGCAGAAGAUUGGCGAGGUGGGCGGUGCUUUUAAAUGUCUGGCUUAUUGCCUGUUGUAUCAGGUUUUUCUCCACUUCAGGCGGUUCUGAUUUUACAAGCAGGGGAGCUUUCUCUUCAUCAAGAUAUACGGGUGUCUCAUUUUCCACCUUAAUCUCCAUAACCUUGAAGUCUUUAGUUAUUAAGUAUUAAUUUUUUAUCUUCUCAAAUUUGUGUUAAUGUUAUUGUCUGAGGAUGUAUUUAUAACUGAUUGAAAAUAAAUAUAAAGUGCACAUGGGUUAA